AUGUCUGAGAGCAACGGCGUCAAGGCCGGCGUCGAGCCCGGUGACCGAGUCGCCAUUGGCAUCACCUUUGGCAACUCCAACAGCUCCAUUGCCUUUACUGUCGACGACAAGGCCGAGGUCAUUGCCAACGAGGAUGGUGACCGACAGAUUCCCACCACUCUCUCCUACGUCGACGGCGAUGAGUACUACGGCACCCAGGCCAAGGCCUUCCUGGUCCGCAACCCGACCAACACCGUUGCCUACUUCAAGGACUUUCUAGGCCAAGAAUUCAAGUCAAUCGACCCCACACACUGCCACGCCGCUGCCCACCCUCAAGACGUCUCUGGCGCCGUCUCCUUCACCGUCAAGGACAAGGCCGGCGAGGAGGCUGAGGCCUCGACCAUCUCCGUGUCCGAGGCUGCCACCCGAUACCUGCGCCGUCUCGUCGGCUCUGCCUCCGACUACCUGGGCAAAAAGGUCACUUCCGCCGUCAUCACCGUCCCCACAAACUUCUCCGAGAAGCAGCGCGAGGCUCUGAUCAAGGCCGCCAACGACGCCGACCUCGAGGUCCUGCAGCUCAUCUCCGACCCCGUUGCCGCGGUUCUGGCUUACGAUGCCCGUCCCGAGGCAAAGGUCGAGGACAAGAUUGUUGUCGUUGCCGACCUCGGUGGCACCCGCUCCGACGUGGCCGUUGUUGCCUCAAGAGGCGGCAUCUACACCAUCCUCGCCACCGCCCACGACUACGAGUUCUCCGGUGUCCACCUGGACGAGGCCCUGAUGGACUACUUCGCCAAGGAAUUCAUCAAGAAGCACAACGUCGACCCGCGAUCAAACGCAAAGAGCCUGGCCAAGCUCCGACAAGAGGCCGAGGCCACCAAGAAGGCUCUCAGCCUGGGCUCCAACGCCCAGUUCAGCGUCGAGAGCUUGGCUGACGGCUUCGACUUCUCCGCCACCCUCAACCGCACCCGAUACGAGAUGGUUGCCCGCAAGAUCUUCGAGGGCUUCAACCGCCUGGUCGAGAGCGUCAUCAAAAAGGCCGAGCUCGACGUCCUCGACGUCGACGAGGUCAUCAUGUGCGGCGGCACCUCCCACACCCCCCGCAUCGCCUCAAACUUCCAGUCCAUCUUCCCCGAGUCGACCAAGAUCCUGGCCCCUGCCACCAGCGCCACCGCCAUCAACCCCUCUGACCUGCAGGCCCGCGGUGCCGCCCUCCAGGCCUCCCUGAUCCAGGAGUACGAGGCCGCCGACAUUGAGCAGUCCACCCACCCUGCCGUCACCACCGUCAAGCACAUCUCCAACGCCAUUGGUGUCGUCACCAAGAGCGCCGACGGCGAGGACGUCUUCACCCCCGUCAUGCAGGCCGAGACCGCCGUUCCCGCCCGCCGCACCGUCCACAUCGCCGCCACUGGCGAUGUCCUGAUCAAGGUUGUCGAGGGUGGCACCCACAUCAAGGUCACCAAGCCCGAGCCCAAGGCCAAGGAGGAGAAGGAGGAUGAGGACGACUCCGACUUUGACGACGAUGACGAAGAGGAGGAGAAGCGUGAGAAGAUUUGGAAGAUUGGCGAGGCUCUUGCCGAGGCUGCCAUCAAGGGUGUUGGCAAGGACGGAAAGGUUGAGGUCACCAUCAACGUCGCUGCCGAUCUCAGCGUGACUGUUACUGCCAGAGAAGUCGGUGGCAAGGGUGGUGUCAGGGGUAACAUU